AUGUUUCUUUUGCCCCCAGUGCACAGUGUGCUCUAUCUAUCUAUCUAUCUAUCUAUCUAUCUAUCUAUCUAUCUAUCUAUCUAUCUAUCUAUCUAUCUAUCUAUCUAUCUAUCUAUCUAUCUAUCUGUCUAUCUGUGUUUCUCUGUCAAUCACAUUUUUGUGAUGGAUCCUCUCUCUCUCUCUCUUUUUGUUGUUUUCUCUCUCUCUCUCUCUCUCUCUCCUAUAUUUUUAUCUGUCUCUCUGGCCUUUGUUAACUUUUCAAUUUUUCCAUUUCUCCCCUUCCCCAUCUCUUCUUCUCUCCCCUUCCCCCGUCUCUUCUUCUCUCCCUUCCCGUCUCUUCUUCUCUCCCCUUCCCCGUCUCUUCUUCUCUCCCCUUCCCCGUCUCUUCUUCUCUCCCCUUCCCCGUCUCUUCUUCUCUCCCCAACUCCUCCCCCCUCCCGUCUCUUCCAUCUCUUCUCCCAUCUCCUCUCCUCCUCCCCCCAUCUCUUCUCCCAUCUCUCUCCUCCUCCCCAUCUCUUCUCCCAUCUCCUCUCCUCCUCCCCCAUCUCUUCUCCCAUCUCCUCUCCUCCUCCCCAUCUCUUCUCCCAUCUCCUCUCCCUCCUCCCCCCAUCUCUUCUCCCAUCUCCUCUCCUCCUCCCCCAUCUCUUCUCCCAUCUCCUCUCCUCCUCCCCCAUCUCUUCUCCCAUCUCCUCCUCCUCCUCCUCCCCAUCUCUUCUCCUCAUCUCCCUCUCCUCCUCCCCCCCCAUCUCUUCUCCCAUCUCCUCUCCUCCUCCCCCAUCUCUUCUCCCAUCUCCUCUCCUCCUCCCCCAUCUCUUCUCCCAUCUCCUCUCCUCCUCCCCAUCUCUUCUCCCAUCUCCUCUCCUCCUCCCCCAUCUCUUCUCCCAUCUCCUCUCCUCCUCCCCCAUCUCCCUGUCCCUUCCAUCUCACUUCCUCUCUCCGCUCUAUAGACUUGCAUGA